UUGCUUGUCGCUUGCUGAUGACGGUGGUAUAUUUUUAUGACGCAGUGCGUGGCUUGGUUAUGUUGUAGCUUGUGGACUAAAAUAUUUUUUUCCUAGAAGGCAAUUUGGAUAUCAAUAAGAUCUUGUAACCAUGAAUUGGAGUAAAGGUGGUCCUGGUGUGAAGAGAGGUUUUGGAUUUGGUGGGUUUUCACUUGCAUCCGGUAAGAAAGAAGAGUCCAAGUUACCACAGCAGUCCCAUGCAGCAUUUGGAUCAAGUUCUGGGAAAAACAAUCAGCCGCAGCUCCCUUCUUUCUAUAAAAUUGGAUCCAAGAGAGCAAACUUUGAUGACGAGAAUGCUUACUUUGAGGAUGAUGAUGAUGACUCUUCCAAUGUUGACUUGCCAUACAUUCCUGCUGAAAAUUCUCCAACUCGUAAGCAGUUUCACUCUAAAGGGACAGAGGAGUCUGACAGUGAAGAAGAUCCCCUGGAUGCUUUUAUGGCUGAAGUGGAGGAUCAAGCUGCCCGAGAUAUGAAGAGACUUGAGGAGAAGGACAAAGACAGGAAGAAUACAAAGGGUAUUCGAGAUGAUAUUGAAGAAGAAGAUGAUCAAGAAGCAUAUUUUCGCUACAUGGCUGAGAAUCCAAUGGCUGGUGUAAUUCAGGAGGAGGAGGAGGACAAUGUGGAGUAUGACAGUGAUGGAAACCCCAUUGCAGUUAUUAAAAAAAUCAUUGAUCCUCUUCCUCCCAUUGAUCACUCAGAGAUUGAAUAUUCACCAUUUGAGAAGAAUUUCUACAUAGAACAUGAUGAAAUUGCAAAUCUUACUGCGCAACAAGUUCAUGAACUUAGAGCAAAGUUGAACUUGAGAGUUUCAGGUGCUGAUCCUCCAAAACCUUGUUCUAGUUUUGCUCAUUUUGGAUUUGAUGAACAGCUCAUGCACCAGAUUCGUAAGUCUGAAUACACACAGCCAACUCCCAUACAGUGUCAGGGUGUUCCAGUUAUGCUGAGUGGCAGAGAUCUUAUUGGCAUUGCUAAGACAGGUAGUGGUAAAACAGCUGCAUUCAUUUGGCCUAUGCUUGUUCAUAUCAUGGAUCAGAAAGAGCUGCAGCCAGGAGAUGGUCCUAUUGCAAUUGUAGUCUGCCCUACUAGAGAACUCUGUCAACAGAAUAUGCAUUCAAUGUUUAGUGAUGAUUUUUCCUCACAUUUUCUUUUUCUUGUAGCUCUACUAUUUAGUGCCACUUUUCGUCGGAAAAUUGAAAAGCUAGCUAGGGACAUCCUGACUGAUCCAAUCAGAGUGGUACAGGGAGACAUUGGAGAGGCAAAUGAAGACGUUACACAAAUUGUGGAAAUCUUGCACAGUGAAGCAGACAAGUGGGCAUGGCUUACAAAUCGUUUAGUCGAGUUUACUUCUACAGGCAGUGUUCUCAUCUUUGUAACUAAGAAAGCAAACUCUGAGGAGUUGGCCUCAGCGCUGCUGCAUGUAGAUCAGAAUAUUGGCUUGUUGCAUGGUGACAUGGACCAGAAUGAGAGAAAUAAAGUCAUCACAGAGUUUAAGAAAAAGACGCUACCCGUACUGGUUGCUACUGAUGUAGCUGCUCGUGGUCUGGAUAUUCCUUCCAUUAAAACAGUGGUUAAUUAUGAUGUUGCCCGUGAUAUUGAUACUCACACUCACAGGAUUGGGCGUACUGGCAGAGCUGGUGAGAAAGGUGUGGCAUACACUUUAUUGACUGCCAGAGAUGUAAAUUUUGCUGGUGAUCUUGUUCGAAACCUGGAAGGAGCCAAUCAGUAUGUGUCCAAGGACCUCAUGGACUUGGCCAUGCAGAAUGCUUGGUUUAGAAAAUCUCGAUUUAAGGCCGGCAAAGGAAAGAGGCUGAAUAUUGGAGGUGGUGGACUAGGAUAUAGAGAAAGACCUGGACUCGGCUCAGAGAGUACAGAUUUCCAGAACAACAGUGUCAUGAGCAACUAUGAGGCAUAUAAACCAUCAACAGGAGCUAUGGGUGACAGACUCUCUGCAAUGAAGAAUGCAUUUCAGCUUCAGUACAAGAAUCAUUUUGUUGCAGCCAGUUCUUCAGCACAGAAGACUAGCAAUCUGGAUAGCAGUGCUGGUGGAUGGACCAGUGCCGGUAGCCUUAGUUCUGUGCCAUCAAAAACUCCUCAGAAUGCUUCCAGUGAUUUAUUAGAUGCUGCUUCUUUAAAGCAAUUGCAAGGAUAUCCCAUGAGUGGAAGCUUCAGCAGUAUUAUUACAGGCUACUCGAGCAGUGGAGGAAUCAAUUUUGGUGGCAACAGUGCAGGUGGAAAUGCUUUAGAAAACACCAGUAGUAGUAGUAGCAGCAGCAGAGAUCGAUACAGUGACAGCAAAAGUAGCAGCCGACAUGGAGAUGGUCAUCGUCAUGGAGACGGCAGUCGUCGAAGUGAUGGUCAUCGCCAUGGAGAUAGUGGCAGCCGCCAUGGAGAUGGAGGUAGCCGCCAUGGAGAUGGGGGCAGCCGUCAUGGAGAAAGAGAUCGAUAUGGUGAAGGUCGACAUUCCAGUAGCAGCCGACACAGUGAAAGCAGAAGCAGCAGUGAAAGAAAUGGAGAGAGUAAGAGAGAGAGUAGCAGCAGCCGGGAUAGCAAAAGUGAGAGUUUUGCUAUUCCAGAACCACCCAAACGCAAGAAAAGUCGCUGGGACAGUUAAAAAGCUAUACAGUAUAAAGCAGCAUAUGGUAUAUUUGGUCAUGAUACUGAAAUAGUAUCAUAUGGGGAAAAUGGCGUAUACAUUGGGAAAUUGUGGAAAGUGAAAUAAUUUCUUUUGUACAUACUGUACUUGUUAGUACUGUUUUUAUUCUACAGACCUGUUCCUAUUACAUUGAAUAAGAAACUGAGGUUUUUAUCCUUUCUUUUGGAGUUCAGUACUGUCAGCUGUAGUUCAUUUAUGGCUUGUUUUUCUUCGCAUAAAUCUAAUACUUUCCAAUGUAACCCAGAUGUUGCUGUGUAAGUUCUUCAGCGUAAUUCUAAAAAAUCCUUUAAAGUGACAUUUGAAAUUUUGAAUUCAUAGUUGUCAAGUUUGACCUCUGAAGAGAUAUUUGCUUAUGUAUUUUGACCAUUUCUAGACAUCAUCGUAUAGAACAUGCUGUGUAGUCAAAUGACAGAUCUCUGCAUUCAUAGUGUGUCUUGAAUGCAGUUGAUCAGUCCUACUGACAUCUACCUUAUGAGACUUUGGACUGUCAUCUGAAAAAUUAAAAACUGAGAUUCAUAUAUUUUAUUAUACCUUGGUUAUUUGAAGUUGUCAUAUAGACCAAGUAAAAUUUUCAUUCUGUUUAGUUUACUUCACUUUGCCACCUUGUAUCUGUUUUAAUACUUGUUUGCUGUUAAUUGCAGAAUGCAUACACCUUCCAAAACCGAGAGCAUGCACCUUGGAUUUUGAACUUCUGGACAUGUCAUACUUGACUGUUUUCUUUUUAGUCAUAAAUGUCAUUUCAUAAUGUAGUAACCAACAUGUUGUUGUAAGAGCUGUUUUUUUUAAUGCAGCUGAUUCAGAAGGAAUAUUAAAUAAACCUUUUUGAGCCUCCCUUUA